AGAGAAGCUCGAAGUUUAACCGCGAACAAUGUCGAAGAUGAUGUGUUGUGGAUAGCCAAAAGUUCAUAAUCCUGUUGGAGCGGUACGAACUCCCUGAAACAAUAAAUAACUAUUUUAGUGAUGUCAGAUUUCAAACCGAUCCUUUUUUCCUACUGGCGAAGUUCGUGCGCUUGGCGGGUUCGGAUUGCUCUGAACCUCAAAAAGGUCGACUAUGACUACAGAACCGUCAACUUGUUGUCCAAAGAAGACAUGACUUCACCUGAAUUUUUAAAAGUGAAUCCUGCCGCAAAAGUGCCAGCACUUAUUGUAAAUGGCGUUUCGUUGACGGAAAGUAUGGCAAUCAUGGAAUUCUUGGAUGAAGUCUACCCUGAUCGUUUCCCUCUUCUUCCUAAGGAUCCAAUAGAACGAGCUCAUUGCAGAGCUACCGCUUUGCAGAUUGUGGCCAACAUUCAACCGAUACAGAACACGCGCAUUCUGAAGUACUUGAACGAAGAAACCCCUGGAUCGGGUGCCAAGUGGGCAAAGCAUUGGCUCACCGAUGGUCUACGCGAUUUGGAAGCAUUGGUGUCGCGUACUGCUGGAACUUAUGCUGUUGGCGAAAAGAUUAGCAUAGCUGAUCUUUGCAUACCGUCGAUUAUGUACAACGCUAAGAGGUGGGGAGUCGAUACUAGCGCCUUUCCAACUCUCAGCAAAAUCGACGCUACGCUUGCAAAAAUUCCGGAAUUCGAAGCGGCUCACCCCGACAAGCAACCUGAUGCAAAUUUGAACGCUUGAGCUACUGUGAUCACUUUAUUAGGUUUUGUAUGCUCAAUCUGCGUUCAGAGUUGCGCGCGUGCCAGCGCCCGUUCCAAAGCCGUGCCGGCGCCGUGCCGUAACUCACGUAGACAUCUGCGUGU